AUCGUUCGCAGCACCUUACAACAGGCUAAACCGUCGCAGGGCCAUCCUCCGCUCAACCCUCUCCGUCUCGCCUCGUACUUCUGGGCUUGCAGCGGCGACUAUCCACCGAGACGUAUCACCUCAAUCGGCCAUCGCAAGAUCCUUAGCCCUGGGAUCCAAGGCGAGCGUUGUCGGAGACGACGAGGACGCCGGACGAGGUGAAGAAAGAAGGAAAAUAUGUCGGUGCAGGAGUACCUCGACAAACACAUGCUCUCCCGAAAGAUCGAGGAUGCCGUCAACGCUGCCGUCCGGGCCAAGGCCUCGGAUCCUGUCCUCUUCAUUUCCAAUCACAUGCGGAAGGCUGUCCCUCCUGUCAUCACCAAGAUCAAAGCACGGCAGAUCUUGGAUAGCCGAGGGAUCCCCACUGUGGAAGUCGAUCUCUACACCAACAAGGGCAUGUAUCGUGCAUCUGUUCCAAGCAGCGCCACCACUGGAAUAUACGAGGCAGUCAAAUUACGUGAUGGUGACAAAGGGAAGUAUCUUGGAAAGGGUGUUUUAAAAGCAGUCAAUGUAAUUAAUGAGAAGAUUUCAGAAGCAUUGAACGGAAUGGAUCCUUUGCUUCAAUCCCAGAUAGAUCAAGCCAUGAUAGACUUGGACAAAACUGAUAGGCAGGCUGAGCUUGGAGCCAAUGCCAUGUUAGCUGUGUCAAUUGCUGCUUGCAAGGCUGGUGCUGCUGAAAAAGAGGUUCCGUUGUACAAACAUAUUGCUGAUCUUUCUGGUAAAAACAAUCUAGUGCUUCCUGUUCCAGCAGUUACAGUGAUUUCUGGUGGAAAACAUGCAUGCAAUGAUUUGGCUGUUCAGGAAAUUAUGAUUCUUCCCAUUGGUGCAAGUAGCUUUCAGGAAGCAAUGCAGAUGUGCUCGGAGACAUAUCAUCACUUAAAGACUAUUAUUCAAGAGAAAUAUGCUUCAGUCGCAUGUAAUGUAGGUGAUGAUGGUGGAUUUGCACUGAAUAUCUCAAGUAUCACUGAAUGCUUGGAUCUUACUAAGGAGGCAAUUGAUCGAGCUGGAUAUAAUGGCAGGAUUAAAAUGGCAAUUGAUGUCGGUGCUACUGAUUUUUGCAUUGGAAAGAAGUAUGAUUUAGACUUCAAGAUAUCAACCAAGUCUGCACAAAAUUUCAAAACAGGAGAGGACAUGCUUGAGUUAUACACUAAACUCUGUACAGAAUAUCCAAUUGUUUCUAUUGAGCAGCCCUUUGAUAAGGAUGACUGGGAACAUACAAAGUUGUUUUCUGCCCUAGGUUUAUGCCAGGUAGUUGGGGAUGACUUAUUGGUCUCGAAUCCAAAACGUAUUGAGCGGGCAAUAAAUGAGUAUACUUAUAAUGCUCUUCUUCUCAAGGUAAAUCAGGUUGGUACAGUCACAGAGGCUAUAGAGGUUGUGAAGCAAGCACAAGACGCUCACUGGGGAGUCAUUGUGUCUCAUAGAUCUGGAGAGACUGAAGAUUCAUUUAUUGCUGAUCUGGUAGUUGGACUUGGCACAGGUCAGUUGAAAGCUGGUGCACCUUGUCGGGCUGAACAACUUGCAAAGUAUAAUCAGAUUCUUAGAAUCGAGGAAGAGCUUGGAAACCAGGCUAGCUAUGCUGGAGAAAACUGGAAAUUUCCAUGAUUGCAAGUUCUCUGGGAUAAAUUUUUGCAGCUCGAAUCCUAUUGUAGGGAGAGAUGAAGUUUUCUUUAUUGUCCCGGGUCAGUGUUUUUCAAGCUUGGAAGUGAUGGAAAAUUCAACAUUUCCAAAUGUUCGACGAGUAAACCGAAUGUUUGACAGGAUGUACUCGAUGCUCUUCUUCAAAAUGCACGGAAGUCAUAUUGAACAGCCUGUGUUUCCAUGGCCCCUUCCAAGGUUUGUUUACAGCGCAACAGUACACUCAAACUGAGAAAGAAAAUGAUUGUAAAAAAGUUUCAACUCAUUCACGAGACACAAUGCGUCUUCUUGUGUUUUGUUUAUGAUUGUCAUUAGUUUUGAUAUUUACAUAUUGCUGUUGCCCUUUCUUCAAUCUUCAAUUUUGUAUUCUGUUUAGAUGCU